AUGAAACAAAUCGUAUAUGAAACGGAAUAUAAAAAGUUGUCCUAUGCGAUUUCAACGCCACUCAAAAAAGUGUUAACAAGAAAAUUUAGAAAUGAAACUAUACGAAUGGAUCCAUUAGAUGAAACUUUACUCCUCGUAUUACUUGAAAAUAAUCAUGAUUUUAAUGUUCUACACAUGUCUGAAAAAAAAUUUCAUAUUGUAUUUAAUAUCUAUAAAGAUAUUAGUGAUACGAUUGGCAUUUGUUACAAAAAUAUGCUAAAAAUGCUUAUGUGUCGCAACCAACGUAAUAUCGAGCAACACGAAAUGCUAGAAGGUUAUGUGCAACAAUGCAAGAGAUCGGGUAUACAAUCAGAUUUUACAGGUCUUAUGAACUACCUUCAAUUAGCUGGUUUGCAGAAAUAUAAAGACGCAGAAAUGAAAGUUUUAGAAAAGGUAUUUCAUUUUUAUUUAAUACAAGAUGAAUAUCGUUAA